AGAUUUAAAUUCAUACCGCUGUACAAGCGAAGUAUCACGGACUUGCAAGUGACAUUUGAAAGUAGUAAUUGGCAACUUGGAUAACUAUGACUCUUGAAGAAGUACAGGGACAAGAAAUCACAACUGAAAUCACUGACAGGAUGCAGUGUGCUGGUAAAUCAUUGGAGAAGCUUCUGGUCUCCGCACAAAGACAAGAAUGUCUGACUGUUGGAGUCUACGAGUCUGCAAAAGUAAUGAAUGUUGAUCCAGACUGCGUGGCUUUCUGUGUUCUGGCAACUGAUGAGGAGUACGAAUGCGACAUCGCCCUGCAGAUCCACUUCACCUUAAUCCAGGCGUUCUGCUUUGAUAACGAUAUAGACAUCGUGAGAGUGAACGACACCCAGCGACUGGCUGAGAUUCUGGGCGACACUGAUGAGUCUGGCGAACCUAAAGACGUGCAUUGCAUUCUUGUCACGAAUCCAAGUGAAGCUUCGUGGAAAGAGCCUUCGCUGGAAAAGCUGAGUCUAUUCUGUGAAGAAAGCCGCAGCUUCAAUGAAUGGGUCCCUGCUAUCAUACUGCCUGAGCGUUGAACUGGGACACGUCAACUCCUGUUAGAGGUGCUUAACCUUUGUUGCAUUAACAUCCAAGAAUAUAUGGGUGAAGCCACCAUAUUCCUGAAAUCCUGUGGAUUAUUGAGGAAUUGCCAGUCCUUGAGGUGAUGAGGAAUCAAAGUAUGGGGACUGAUCUGCAGUUGGACGGUUCAUACCUAGGUGCCCCCCACUUUCCAGAUGAAGUGGGGGCUGGUGAACCUUGGAAAGAGUGGAGGAGUAAUCUUGAGAUUGGGGUCUGUGUGAAGACUUGUCAGAGGGAUACAAGGAAGAACAAACUGAUACAGAGAAUCUGUUUGGAAAAGACUACUGGAAGUUUUUUUGGAAUCAAAAGUUUAUGAACUUUGAAAUGAACUGGUGAAACAAAAAGAAAUGGGAUGGAUGUCAAAGGAAACUACAGGACUAAAAAUGACUUGUUACUGUCAUUAUUUUGUGUAUUAAAUCACUGAGAAGCAAAUAUCUAUUUUAUCACAUGUCAGAACUUUCUAUUUUGAAUUCAUUUUGCAAUAAAUGUUUGAACCAUA